CACUGUUACUCAAGCUGUCGUUUACUCUGUUGGAGCAGUCCGACAGAGGAUAUCAAGCUGUGUGGACCAAGAUGAGGAUUAUUUUCUUGCUUUUUCUGGUUGCCUUCGCAGCCCCAGGAGCGUGUCAUGACAGUGAGCACAACAGACUGGCUAAACGGGAUAUCUUGUCACGCUCCAAAAGACGAUGGGUCUUGUCUACCAUUGAACUAGAGGAAGAAAAAAAAGGGGAUUACCCGAUGGAAAUUUCACGGAUGUUUAAUGACAAGACUGAAGGGAAAAACUAUAAGUUCAAGAUAAGUGGAGAAGGUGUGGAUUCUGGAAUAUUUAGUAUUGAUGAAAAAACGGGAAUCGUCUAUGCACACAGAGCUCUCGACAGAGAGAAAAAAGACACAUACCACAUCAAGUUUGACGUUGUGGAUAAAGUGACCGAAGCCCAAAUAGACAAGGAACUGUCUUUUGAUGUAGAAAUAAAGGAUAUAAAUGACAACGCACCGGAGUUUUUCACGUCUAGAAUAACAGCCAAUGUGAAUGAAAAUAAGGAAGAAGGGUACUUGCCAGUGCAGGUGCAGGCCAUUGACAGAGAUCAGAAAAACACAGAGAACUCAAGAAUGAGUUUCACCGUGCAUUCACAGUCUCCAAAAGAGCCCAAGAUUGAUGUGCAUCAGCUCGAUGAGAGAAUGGGUCAGCUUACCUUUACAGGAUGCUUUAACUACGAUAAAGCUAAGAGGUAUACAAUUAUCGUUCAAGCACAAGACCAUGGUAACCCACCACUUUCCUCCACCUGUGUUGUCUUGCUCAAUAUUAUUGACAAAAACACUCAUCUACCGACGUUCAAGGAGAGUCAGUACCACACUCAGGAAGAUGAAAUGAUCACCAAAAACGAUAUCUUGAGAAUCAAGGUAGAGGACAAAGACACUCCCAAAACUGACGGCUGGCGUGCCAAGUAUUACUUCAUUAAGGGGAAUGAGGAGGAGAUCUUUGACAUUACAACUGACCCAGAAACAAAUGAGGGUAUCGUGAGCAUUGUCAAGAAAAAGAAUUAUCUUCAAACAACUGUUCUUGACCUGCAAGUUGGAGUAGAAAAUGUUGAAAAAUUGUUCGUUUGUCAGAAUAAAUCUACCGAUGCCAAAGCCACAUCUGCAGCUCCAUCUCCAAAUUCAGUCAGCAUGAGAGUGAAGAUGAUAGAUGCCAACGAUCCACCAGACUUUGGCAGAGUUACAUCUGAUGUGUACCAGAAGGAAGAAGAAAUGCCAGGAAAGUUGCUUUACACUCCACAAGUUAAAGAUGUAGACUCUACCAGCAUCAGGUACGAGUUGUUAGAAGAUCCAGCUAGCUGGGUAGCCAUCGACCCGAAAACAGGAAAACUCACAUCGACUAAGAAGAUGGACAGAGAGUCACCCUUUGUUGAUGAAGAUAAUAUUUACAAGGUUGUCAUAGCUGCCAUAGAUGAUGGUGAACCUCCAGCCACAGGUACAUGCACUGUCAAGAUCCACUUGAGGGAUAUCAAUGACAACACACCAAAGCUGACCAACAAUAGCCUCAUUAUGUGUGUAAACAAAGUUAACAAGAUCAAAGUGUCUGCCAAGGAUUUGGAUCAAAGUCCUUACAGCGGACCCUUUGCCUUCUCCCUGGCGGGUGAUAAAUCUGUGGAGGAGCAAUGGAAACUAGACCCUAACUUUGGUAUGGAAACCGGCCUUGUUAGCGUGAAGGCGCUUCCUUACGGGAACUACUCAGUGCCCUUUAAGAUCCUCGACCAACAGAACAUAGUUGGAGAAGAUACCCUGGAAGUGACGGUGUGCGACUGUGAAGAAGGUGAUGUUUGUCGUGACAAAAAGCCACGCUCAGCCAGCUUCGGCGAUGCCGGCAUUGGACUACUAAUUGCAGGAUUGCUGUUGUUUUUGAUACUGCUGCUCAUCUUUAUGUGCGAGUGUGGAAAGAAGACAUUUGAGUACAUGGAACAGGACGAGGGCAACCAGACUCUUAUCAAGUACAACCAAGAGGGAGGGGGCUCUGCAUGCAAGGCUGAACCCACCCUUCUCCUGACACCUACAAAUGGCAUAUCUGUGGUGGAUGGCAUCAAGCAGGGCACGAUGCGGAUGACUGAGAUGGCUCCAGUAAUGACCCAAGAAGUGGACAGGUACAACACAUCAUACACCAUGCAAAUGAACUCUAACAUGACUUCAGUGGGAAUGCAUCAAAGAGAUAGCUUCAGGAGCCACGAGGGGCAAAUGGUGAACAAGUACUCUACAUGGACUACAAACAGGAUGAACACCUACCAGGGCAAUUCAUCACACUACAUGCAUUCCACAAGCCUGCGAUCAAACCAGCGCAUUGCAGAUCACAUCGACAGGAGACUGUACAUGAUUGAUGGAAUGCCCGUGGACUACCCGGUGUACCAACCCUACAACUACACCUACGAGGGACAGGGGAGCAAAUGUCAGUCGCUGGAUGAGCUGUCUGUCACCAACCUGGGAGACGAUUUCCAGUUUCUGGAUGAUUUAGGGCCAAAGUUCAAGACAUUGGGAGACAUCUGUCAGAAGAAGAUUCAAGAGAAAAACAUACAGCUUUAAAAGGCUCAGCUGGAAUGUCACUUUAAUGCCAAGCAAGUCACUCUUCACGCUGGGUUUGUGACUGCGAUUCUGGACUGAUUUGGCUGGAGGUGAUGCACCACAAUGGUUGGAUUUUGUACUUCUACAUUAUGGACUUUAACAUCUCAAGCAUUUUAAGCCAGAUAUUGUUUGCUUGCAUCGAUCUGUGAAGUGAGGAUUAUGUAGUGGCAGCUGUAUUUUGCUUGCUUGAAGAUGGAAUGAAUGUAUGCACUGCACACCCUUUCAUGCUCUGGUGAUUUUGAAAUGUUUCAUCUUGAAAGUGACUGGGUGUGUUUACUUGUUUCUUACUUUGCCACAUUAACAGUCGUUGUUGCCUCUUGGCAGCGCAUGAUCUCUGGCUCUUCGGGUUUUGUGAGCACAGUAUUAUUUUAAGACCUAACAGACGUUCAUAUGUGGAAACUGGGAUUUUUUCUUUUGUUAUAUGUAAGAUACACUAUUUCUCACUGUCACGGUUGUGACUGCACUCUGUUGUAAAGAAUCCUUGAUAAGCAUCAGCAGAAACCCUCACUGCUUCGAGUAAUUGUCUAGUAGAAACAAAAUGGUUUUGUUCUUAGAAACUGUAAAUAUCUGUGGUCUUUUUAUAAAUGAUUUGGUGAUGCAGCAGUGUGAAAUAUCACAAAGUUCAAUUCUUGUUAGGUUUUCUUAUGUGCAUUUUUGCAUCAUUUGUCGGAAAUGUAUUUUUCUUUAGAAAACAAAUUGAAAUGUAUUAUUUGGAAAGAUGUUUUCAUUCGCCAUUGCUAAGAGCAACUGCAGUCACUGGGAUGAAAUAGUUAACUGGACAGAAGGGAAAGAAGCGUUGGUUUUGUACUGAGAGCAUGUGGAUAGGAACUAAUGUGUGAAGUGACAGAUCCGGUGGGACACAUUGGGAGGACGGAAUCUAGAGUAAGGAAUGGAUUGAGUGAUCGGUGUUAAUAAAAGUUUAACUUUAACAGUUACCACUGCCCCCCGACUCACUGGUCCUAUUGUGUGAGGUCACACAUAACAGUACAGGUUUAAUGAAAUAAUUAUAAUAAAAUCACAUCAAAAAAUAAAGCCACUGUAACAAAUUGAAAGUGUUAAGAUCUGCUUUUCCAUAGACAACUUUUCAGUUGAACCAUAACAAUUACUCUUAUUAAUUCAUUUUAAUUUUACACAAUAGAAGUUCAACCUUUUGACGAUGACAAAAACUGCUUUAAAGGUGGCAGCACUAACAUUGUCUCAUGUGAGGAGUGCAUUAAGUUGAGUUGCAAUUUUCUCACUGCGAUGUUUUUCCCAUGAAAAUCCCACCUCACUCUGCGGGUACCUCCACUGUAUCCACAACAAUCUUCAGCUUGUGAUAUUUUGGCAGUUGUUAGGUAUCUAUAGUUUGAACUUGUGUUGUCUCAGCUAGUUGUUAUUGGAGGUUUUUGUAUGUCCAUCAGUCUGUCAGCAGACGCAACAGAACUUGUUUCACAUAAAUACCCAUCACCCAUCAGAGACUCCAGGUGUAGUUAAGGUGUGGCACGGAGAGUGAUAUGGAAGUCUGAAACUCAGAGCUAGUUUGACAAACACGCAUGACUCACAAACAAACUCAACAUACAUCAAAUAUCUUCAACCCUUAUUGUACCACAAGCGGAAAUACCUUUUGCAGCAGGGCACGACAAAAAUACAAAACAUGAAGCACAGACUUGGAAAACAACAUGACUAUCGAGGAGACUACAACUGCCAGUUUUUCAGGCUUCAGCAGGAAAUAUGCAAACAGCUAAACAAAUGAUAAGAACAAGGCAGAAUGAAGAGACACAAGGGAGCAUUAAAGUAACUCAAAGCAACUCAUAGUCUGCUGUAAAUUAUUCUGAGAAAUAACAAAGUUUUGAAACAAAACUAAUUAGGUUGAGAUAUUGGCCCAGUAGCUAAUUUUGGUGUAAUUUAAAUACAUUUCAAUGUUCUAAAAAUGUUAAAUGUGCAAAUAAGCCAUCCAUCCAAGACAGCCUUAAAAUAAUUGAAAGUAAUUCAAAAUAAGUCCCUGUUAUUAUAGAUUUUUUCUACAACAAUGUUACUUUUUUUAUGACUGAUCUAUGAACUCAGUGUGCAUUUCAAAUAUAAACAAAUUAGAGCACUUUCUCUAUCCCAAAGCAAGUUUGCCAUUCUACUAACUUUGCAGUUUGCCUUUAAUUGCCACACAGGUUUUCAUUCUCCCACACAGGGUGUUGUCAGGUUGCGGUUGUUAUCUCUUUUCCUGAGAACUAAUUUCAUCAUGGCUGCGGGCAAAUGGGUUCAGAGUCAUGCACAUGGACAUGCACUGUCAUGUAAAAAAAAAAAAAGAAAAGUAAAAGGUAGAAUUUGCAGGCUUUUUUUUGGCAUAUGAAGCAGUGGGAUGUUUACUUGAAGUUACAUUUACAAGAUUCUUUAACUGUCUUAUGAAGAAAAUGUUGUGCCAAACUUUAUUAGACUGUGCAAAAUUGUGUAUGCUUCACUGCAUAUUUUACUUUUCACAACAACAGACAUUAAAACAACUGCGCAUAAAAGCUGAGGUCGACCACUUAGCUAAUUUGAACGACUAAUUGCCACUGAUGAGGGUUUUGCAAAGUGGUGGUGGUUUUAGCUCCAGUAGUAGCCGAUAGCUGCACCGACUCCACCAGUGACGUUUUGUGUGGAGGUGGUAUCUGAGAUAAUCUAUAUUUAAAUGAACGAUUACUUCGUAUUCAACAGAUUUGUUCAGGUUGUUGGUUAUAGAAUGUCCUGCCUAAAGCAUACUGUCUUGUUUUUCUAAUAAAAGCAGAGAUUUUUCAUUUCCA